CUCAUACUUCGUUGCUGAAUCGCGCACUUCGACAACAACUCCUCCAACUCUUUCGCGAUGAUCCACGACGAGAAGAAGGAGCCGGUGCAGCAGCCCGCCGAUGUCGACGAGUUCGAUUCCGAUGGAUACAGUUCGGCGGAGAUCUUGAAUGCGCUCAAGAAUGAGGACAACCAACAUGAGAUCCAGCUCCGGACUAUGUCGUGGCAGAAGGGAGCGUGGCUGCUAUGCGGAGAGCAGGUUUGUCUGGCUAUCAUGUCGCAGUCCUGGUCGCUCUCAGUUCUAGGGUGGGUGCCAGGGAUUAUCACCAUGUUACUUUCCGGGAUCCUGUUCUGGAUCACUUCAACGACCAUGCACAAGUUCAUCAUGAAACAUCCGCAGAUCCGAAAUAUCUGCGACUUCGGGUAUUAUGCAUUUGGCAAGAGUCGGAUCGCCUACGCAUUUGCCGGGUUCAUGCUGAUGGCGAACAACAUCCUCCUGAUCGGCUUCCACAUCUUGACCGGGGCGAAGAUUCUCAACACCUUGUCGGACCACUCCCUCUGCACGGUGGUGUUCUCGGUGAUCUGCACGAUCAUGGGCGUGGUGCUCUCCGUUCCUCGGACGCUGCACCAUGUCUCUUUCAUGUCCAUGUUCUCAUCGGCCUGUAUGGCCAUUGCCAUACUUCUGUUCCUUAUCUUUGCGGGGAUUGAGACAGCGCCACUGUAUGGGUACAACGGGAACUACCCCACCGACGGACCCGUGCGCACCUACGCCUUUCCCCUUCCCGGCACGACCUGGGUCAACUGCAUGAACGCAGUCCUCAACAUCACCUUCCUCUGGGUGCCCCAGAUCCUCUUCCCGAGCUUUAUCGCCGAGAUGGAGCGUCCGCAGGACUUCCCCAAGGCCCUCGCCGUCCUUACUGGGAUUUCUGUUAUCCUGUUCAUCGUCCCCCCGGCCAUCGGAUUCCGCUACCUGGGUCAGUACUCCACCGCACCGGCGUUCGGCAGUCUUGGGACGGUCGCGUACAAGAAGGCCUCCUUUGGCUUCGUCAUCGCGCCCACUCUCAUCAUCGCCGUCAUCUACGCCAACGUCAGCGCCAAAUUCGUGUUCGGACAUCUGAUGGGUCGGUCGCGCCACGCGCACAGCAACACGGUCAUCGGCUGGGGGGUGUGGCUGGGCCUGAUGGCGGCGAUCUGGAUUUUGGGCUUCAUUUUCUCGGAGGUCAUUCCCAGCAUGGGCGACUUCCUGUCUCUGCUGGGUGCGGCGUUUGACUCGUUCUUCGGAUUCAUCUUCUUUGCCGUGGCGUACUGGCAACUAUACAGGGGUAAGCUGUUCGCCGGCGCUGGACGCAGCAUUAUGACGGCGAUCCAUGUGUUUAUCAUGGCGUGUGGGUUGUUUCUGUUGGGCCCGGGGCUGUAUGCGGCCGUCGAGGCGAUCAUUGCGGAUUAUGCCGGGUCGGUUUCGCCGGCGUUCAGCUGCGCGAAUCUGGCCUUGUGAUGUGUGAUGAUUACGUUUUUCUUUGCUUCUUUGUGAAUAUGAUGAACAGGAACAUUAAUUUGUAAAUUUGAUGGUUCAAGCAUCACGUUCUACUGAGUAGAUAUAGGUCUAGUUGGGGGGGUCUGGGCCUGGAGAACUGUAUGCGGGCGACUGAGCGUGUACUGUACUUGCAGCAGGUCCGACUGGC